GCGUUACUUCCUCAAUUUCCUUAUUUAUCGAGUGUAUGAUGGUAUCCAAAUCUUGUCCAUCUGAAUCUUCAUCUAUUGUUGCAGACAUCCUUCAAUUAUUAUUGACGAUCUUGUGUUUUUAAAAACUUUCUUCACAGAGGUCGCCCGGAGUUUGGCGCGAUGUUAAGUACUUUUAUAAACUUUGAGCCUAUUUUUCAAGCGACACACAGCGGUCAGCAGCAAAGAUCCAUACAACGACGCUAGGCUUCGGUUGGUCGGACGGAAUGUCUGCCUUCUAUUGAUUUCUAUGGAGUUUACGAUGUGUAAUUAAUAACAAAUAGCCACAUUAAAAUCAGUGUGCGAUCAAACACAGUUCACAAAAUAUUAAUGUAUAUAAAAAAUAGUUCUUAAUUUUUCGCCGUCAGAGGAAAAAUGAGUGUUCACUUCAUUUUGACAGCUGUAGUUAAGUUUCAAUAAAAGAUGGCGUACGAACACUACAUAGUUGCACGCGGAUACAUACAAAUUGCUGAAAUUGUUUGAUCUAAUCUAAAUCUAGAUGAUUCCGUAUCUGUUAAAACAUUUCUAAUGUUUUAAUGUCAAUUAUUUUAAUGUCUAUUUAUGUUAAAAGGUUCAAAAUUCCUUAAAUUUUGCAAUAUCUUAUUAAAUAUUUCUAUUUUAGCUAAUGGCACUCUAUUACAAUAUUCAAAAAUUUGUAAUAGACAUUUUUUAUGCAACAACACUGACAACCCUGCCUUGCGAAAGUACCUGUGUAUGAAAAACAAAAGCAGCCGCAUUCCGAUUUUUUGCAACACCCGGCCGUUUGGCGUUUGCCGAUUGCUGUUUUACGUUUUCCGUUUUUCCCGCGCGUGUAGACUUAACGUUGAAAUUUAGAAAUACCUAAAUUGCAGUCUGCUGAGAUCGCCACAAGAAGUUGUUUGUAAUUUUAGAAUAUUUACUUGAAACAAACUAUCAACACACAACUCCGAUAUAGCAAAUAACCAAUUACCAAAAUUAUCUGAUUCAUUGCCGUGUCAACUUCAAAUUUUUUUUUAUUACUAAGGAGGCAGAAAUUUAAAGUAUUAAUCCAAGAUUUGGUUUAGUAAAAACUACACGGCGCUAGCAAACGUACUACACAUAUUAGUAAAAGAAAUAAAUAACCCAUAAAAAUGCCGCGAAUCGCAGUACGUAGAAAGGCCUCGACACCAAUCGGCAACAAUAACAAUGAAGAAUUAGAUGCUCCGAAACGUAAACUACAGCGUACCGUUUACCAAUUGCCAUUACCCGAGAGACCACACGUGGUGGGACGUGCUUUGGUAUGUGGACAAGGAGAUAUGGGCCAGUUGGGCCUAGGGGAUGAUGAGUCGAAAUUCGAGCGUAAAAGACCGGCUCUGGUGGAUUCUGUAGAAAAUGUUGUUGAUGUUAGAGCUGGUGGCAUGCAUAAUCUUCUAUUGACACAGGAGGGCACUGUUUACUCUUUCGGUUGUAAUGACGAAGGUGCAUUGGGACGUGAUAGCAGUGAAGAUGGUUCAGAAUUUGAACCGCAUCCAGUUGAACUACCAGGAAAAGUGCUAAAAAUAUCAACGGGUGAUUCACAUUCGGCCAGCUUGUUGGAAGAUGGUCGUGUAUUUGCAUGGGGUUCUUUUCGCGAUUCGCAUGGAAAUAUGGGUCUGACAUUGGAAGGAAAUAAAAGGCUGCCAAUCAAUGUUUUACCUGGAAUGGUAUGCUGCGACAUUGCAUCCGGCGCAGAUCAUUUAGUUAUACUUACAUGCAGCGGCAAAGUAUUCACCGUAGGCUGUGCUGAACAAGGUCAAUUGGGACGCGUGUCUUUGCGGUCGGCGACUGGAGAAAGUCGUCGUGGCAAAACCGAGCUGCUUUGUCCAGGUGAAGUCGUAAUAAAACGUGGUAAACCUGUCGAAGCUAUUUGGGCCACGAAUUACUGUACAUUUUUGCGCGAGUCACAGACCUCUAAAAUUUGGGCUUUCGGCCUGAACAAUUACAAGCAGCUGGCCUAUGCCAAAGAUCUUGCAACUAUUUUAAAUCCAGUAGAUACAAAAUUCGAGAACGUUAAACAAAUUGCCGGUGGACAGCAUCACACAUUAGUACUUAAAAAUGAUGGCUCCUGCUAUUCUAUUGGACGCAGUGACUACGGUCGGCUUGGACUGGGAACCUUAAAUGGUGAUAUCACAGAAUUACAACCAAUCAAAGGAUUGUCCGAUAAGUUCGUAGUUUGUGUGUCUUGUGGUGAAGCGCAAUCAUUUGCGUUAACCGAUGACGGUAAACUCUAUUCAUGGGGCAUGGGUUCUAAUUACCAAUUGGGUACGGGGUCUGAUGACGACGCAUUGGAGCCCGUACAAAUCAUUAGUAAACAAACUGAAGGCAAACGUAUUAUACGUGUCUCCAGUGGAGGGCAACACAGUAUAUUUUUGGUUGAAAACGAAGUACAGCCAGCUAAAACGGAUAAAAUUGGCAAAGCAACAGUUACAAAGAAAGCAUCAGCAGUAGCAGCUAAUAAAGAGAAAGAAACUAAACACAAAGCUAUCACAGAGGAGCAGCAACCAGCAGAUUCUAGAGAAGAUGUAGCAACAAAUGGCGACACAAAAAUGGAGGAAACCGACGGCGAAAGUACUAAGGAGGUGGAGCAAAAGGAGACUGCUGAAACUGGGAAAGGUGCUGCUAAGCGUGGACGUAAAAAGAAAUAAGCAACUAUUAGAAAGACUCCCAAGAAUACAAAUCAUUUAUAAGUAAUUUGUUUCUUGUAUAUUUUUAUAUAAUUAUUAAUAUUCCGUCUGUUGACUGUUAAUAAAAUAGAACGUUAAUUAAUUAGUUAUUGACUAGAGUGCACACACACUUACGAACUAGUGUGCGACUCUCUAUAUUAUUGUUUAUAAAUUGGUAUAUAAAUUGAUUGAUUCUCUUACAAUUAUGUAAUUGAACAUAAUUUAUUUCGAAGAACAAUAUACACUUUUUGUACUACACGUACAUCUCAUAUAUAGUUCAUUUGGGGUUCUUAAUAAAGCAUGAAUAAAAAAAAAUUGAAA